AAAAGCUCCACAUAAACAAAGAUGUAGUGUGGGGAGGGAGGGAGAAUGACCAACAAAUUAUCAAUAAAUAAAAUUGUUGGAUACUCCCUAACUAUUAUUCUUACUCUGUCCUGCCCAUCUUCACCUCAUCAUAUCUUCUCACUUCACUUUUUUCUGUAUAUACAUAACCAAGCGCCCGAGUUCAAUUAACAUGCUCGCCUUUCUCCGGUUGACAAUUUUACCAUCCCGAUCACCGCCUCUUUGCACGGCGCCGAAGGCUUGCUCCAUCAAAUCAUCCCGGAUUUGCGCGGCGGCUAUGGACAUGAGUAAGAACAAAUCCAAUGAAACCGAUAAACCGGAGGCGACUGCUCCGCCGCCACGAUCGAAACUCGGGGACGCGAUGUUGUCAUUUGGGGAAGGAUAUGCCACAAGAUCAGAAGAGGAAGGGUUUGGAGGAAUCUAUGGAGGAAAUACCACCCUCCAUGAUGAUGACCAAAUGCAUCAUACAAGGAUAGAAUAUGAUGAUGAAGAUGAUAAGCAAGGAAGUGAAGUCAAAGAGAAGGAAAGAGCCCGCAACCAAACCCAUGCAGCAAGUCACCACCAUCCUUCCUAGGCUACGUACAGAACACACAAAUUAUAUUAAUUAUUAGUUCAACUUUUGUUUGUCCUCCACUUUUCUGUCUCAUAGUUUUACUCCCAAAUAAUGAAAUAAUGAUGUCUAGCUGUUGUAAUAAAAUCGUGUAUGAUAUCCUUCUUUUGGGUUAUGUUA